ACACUAUUUUGGUUCCCCCGCUGUCGGUGCCGGUGAAGAUCAGUCCUACAUGUCUUCAAUAUGUCAGGCUGUAAGAAGCCGCGAGCUGUAGCAAAUCCUCUGGAAUCGACAUUUACUUCUCCCAGUGAGAGAAUACUGAAAGAAUGCCACACUUUAUAUGUCGACAACGACAACGGAUUGGUGACUAUUGCAGAGAGUUUGGGAGUGAGGCUAUUACCUCCUCGGAAAAAGAUUAUUGUUAUGAUUAUGGGGAACCAUUCUGCUGGGAAAAGCUCCUUCAUUAACUGGUAUGUGGAGGAACACAUACAGAAGACAGGUGUUGCCAUUGAGACACAAGGCUUCACAUUUAUAACUAGUGGAAGAAAACGAGAGUCACUAACAGGAAAUGCAACCUUACACCUCUACCCGCAUUUCAGACCUCUGCUGGAGUUCAAAGGUGUCACAGAUUACCUGAGCGCUGAGAUCUCCACCUCCAAACAGAAGAAAUUCAGCCUGGUGACGUUUGUGGACACUCCAGGGUUGGUGGAUGGAGAUAUGGUGUACCCUUUUGAUGUCAACAGUGCCAUCACCUCUUUUGGUGUGCAGGCGGACCUCGUAUUUGUGUUUUUUGACCCGAUGGGACAAGCGUUGUGCAAGCGCACACUGAACAUUGUUGAGAAGCUGAGUGAAAAAUGUGGAGAUAAACUGCGCUUUUACCUGAGCAAAGCUGACGAGGCUGGACGAGAAACAGACAGACAGCGAGUGAUGAUGCAGAUUGUUCAAGAGCUGUGCAGAAGACCUGGACUCAACAAAUGUGGCUUCGAAAUGCCCACGAUAUACAUCCCCAACCCUCAGAAACCCAGCAGAUGCAUCAACCAGAUUGAUGAGGUUUGUGAGACCAUUGAGAAGAGCAUAAAGCAGGCAGUGCAGAAAACACUUGACCAGCUGGAGAAAGACUGUAACCUGAUCAUCUCUACCAUCAACCAUACUCUAGAACAGGACCGGAUGAAUGUGAGCAGUAAUAAAAGCAAUCGUUUUAAUUCCAUCCUGUGUGGAGUUCUGGGAAUCUUCCUUCCGUCGCUCUUCAUCCUCAGCUUCAUCAUCAGCACUUUCGCUCCAGAGGAACUGGACACUCUUGUUGGAGAGGGAUUGGCUAAAACGCUUAACCUUUCCACAGGAAUAAUCGUGUAUCUGUGGGACUGGAUUCCUGAAGAUUGGCAGAUAAUGUUUGUGAUCAUCUUCGGUGCUCUGUGCUACUUUAUGCUCUUUCUAGCAAAGUAUUUUGCACGUCAGGGCAGUAAGACGCUGACUAAGAGAGAGAAGAAGAAACUGGCAGAGUACAGCGAUUACAUCCAGGAUAUUGUCAAAUCCAAGAAGCGCAAACUGUAUGAGGAGUAUCUUCGCCAGUGUGCUGCAGAAUAUGAUUUCUGAAGGAAGCUGGCAUGACAGCCGUCGGUCACAUCAAGAGUUAAUUUAUAGAAAGUACAUCCAUGUGUGAAAUUCAUAUUUGCAUGAGCGAUAAUAACAAAUUGUGCCUUUUUGUUAAUUGUGAAUAGUGAUGAAGAAAUGUGAUAUACAAAUAUGACCUCAAUAUUAUCUGACACCAGCUAGUUUUUCUAUGUAAUUCAUUUUUAAUAAUAAGACCUAGAACUGUUUAUAGCUAGUAAGCUGCAUUAUCACCAUAUAAUGACUUCAUGAGAUUGGAGCGUGCUUUCUGUGGCCUUCUUUUGAUCUCCAGGAGCACUGUGGGAGAAACCAAAGGUAACCUCAUAUACUCUUUACCCGGUGUUUAUAUGAUUAAGUGACAUUUCUACUUUUUAUAAUGUUACACAGAGGAAUUUCUCCCAGCAGCCACAGAAAAAGCACUCAGCUAACUUUAGGUCUUCCUGUCUUACAUAUGUAUGUGAAUGUACUAUUGCAUGUGUACGUUGUUUAAAUAUGGUUUUAAUACGAUUGUUUUGUAGUGAUGCUACCUAAAAUGUAAACAUUUAGCAUUAUUUUCCUUGGGCAUUGAUUUAUGAAUACUUUUUUUUUUUUUUUUUUGAAAUAGCUGUUUUUGAAGAUGCAUACUUGGUGAGAGCCAACUUUUUACACAUCAAGUUAUAAGGCAGGCAUUCAUACAUGGUGGAACCAAGCACUGAUAAACUUCUUUUAUAAUUUUAUUAUAUAUUUCUUUUAAUUUAAUUACAUUUUAAUUUAUUUUUCCACUUUUUUAAAUGUAAAUUUGAAGAAAUUUACAAAUUUAGCACUUACUUAAAGAUGCAUUUACCUCAGUGUUGCAAAAAUGCCUUUUUAGGGCUGCAAUAGUUCAUAUUUAAUGAUGUUUUCAUAAUGUAUUAUUAUACAGAUUUUAAAUGUUUAAUUGUUUUUAUAGCUAUGCCGGGUUUUUAUCUGCCUUUGACUAAACUGUCAUUGUAUUCCACUGUCUUAUACUAUGAUAAAUAGCUUGCUGUGUUUGUGUAAGUAUAUUUGAAAGAACAAGAAGCACAAUAAAAUGUUAUAGCAACAAA